AUGACGCCAAUGAACGGACGCCAGCUGAUCAUGUGGGAUCUGGCCAUCUCACUCAUCGUCAUAUCCAGCAUCUUGAUGAUCAGUCGCCUCUAUGUCUGUCUCCUGGGACAGGCUUCCGUUGAAAUUGCCGCAACCUACAACGGCUCCGGCAGGGACAUGCGUUUGGUACCUCAAAACCAAAUCCACACCUACUUCAUGCUCCUCCCAACCGCACAGCUUCUGUAUUUCCUCGGCACUGGUUGUGUGCGUCUGUCCAUCCUGGCCUUUUUACCGCGUCUGAAUAAAGAGAGGGCUUUCAUGAGGUGGGUCUAUAUCGUUGGCGUUGGCAUUGCCAUUCUCACCGUCGGAUCUUUCUUUACGCUCCUGUUCGAGUGUAGCCCUGUCAGAGCGCUGUGGGACAAGAUGAUGCCAGGAGCCAAGUGCCUAGCCCAGUCCAAGGAGGCUGCACUUAUGUACAUACAUAGUGGCCUCAGCAUAUUUUUCGACCUAGUCCUCUUGAUCAUGCCAAUGUGGGUUCUCCAUAGGAAGAUGAUUUUCACAGUGAGGACGCUCAAAGUUGCCAUUGUAUUCGCCGUAGGCGUCUUUACCGUCGUUACUGGAAUCAUUCGCCUUUCUACCAUCAUCAUGAUAAACAUGGCGGACAACACUACCUACAACGUCACCUUUGCAGCCGUCUGGACUAAUCUUGAAGGUCAUUGCGGGCUCUGGGUAGCAUGCUUCCCUGCACUCCAACCCUUGAUCCGGCGUGUCGCUGUCCGUCUUGGCCUUCGUCCCGCCAGCUCCAAGCGCUCCUCCAACCCCACAAACAAACUCCCAACGAAUGACCAGAGUUACGCCUCCACUCGUAUCUCCAUGUUCCUUCACAAGUGGGUUCAUCUCCAAACAGGCACCACCGGUGCGACCAACGAGCCUGCUUCGGGAGAGCACACAGCUUCCACGAUUAGCAAUCGAGGUAGGAUGCCGCCACCCAGCAAGACGGGUGACACUGGAUGUGGAACGGUCCAGUCCGAUGCUACUGUCUCUUUGCAAUUCGCCGGCGGGGGUGGAGAGAGUGCGGAUGGAACGGGCCAGCAGCACCAUCACAGCGAAGAGGAGGAAAAUUGGGAGGACGUGGAUUUCGAGGAGCCAAUCCCUGACGGUACAGACUUGGAGAGCGGAGAAGAGUUGCAAGUGCUCGUGCCACAGCCAUUAAGUGGAAUAAUGAGGACUACGGUCGUCAGGCAGGAGAGCGAGGCUAGAACAAGCUUGUAUGACAGGGAAUGUAUCCGCGGAUGGAAAGAGAGGGAUGAAUGA